CCAGGGCAGGGAGAGCACAGUGUAAGGCAAGGUUAUUGCUUAACUGGAGCGGGGGAGAGCUGCUUCCCACUUCUUGCAGGAAAUGAGUACGUGCGGGGUUAUUACUGCGCUUAACAAUCAGUGUCUACUAGACUGAUAAUUUUCUUGACCAUUGUUUUAUUUUUCUUUGACAGCAAAACAUCCCCAUUAUCUUGUUUUCCUGACUUCUGAACAUCUAAAUGUAGUAUAAAAAAUACUAUCUGUAACUAUCUGUAUGGGGUGGCCUAUUCUACUUCAAAGGAACAGAAUAUUCUGCAGAACCUAUUCAUUUACAGUGCUCACUGACCCGUAAGGUUUCAUAAAUGAGAACAAGAUAAAUGCUAAAGAAGUUAUGUUCAGGUCAUGAGUGUUGACAUUGUUUAUUCCCAAAAGCUUUUUCUCACACCUUUUUUUUUUUUUUUCUAGAAAUAAUGUUUUCUUUUCUUUGCUAGCAGACUUAUGUAGUACUAUGGAUUAUUUUCUUUUUUAUCUUCCUAUUCAGGAGUCAUGUAUCUAUUAAGAUUUCUUUCCUACUUUUAAUUUUCAUCAACUUUGGUUUAGAAAAUUAUUUUUGACUUUUAAACACAUCUUGGUCAGGAGCAAAAUUCUGUGUUUCUCUCAGUGGCACAUAUUAACAUUUUUACUUUGGGCUACAGGUAUAUUAAAUAAGUCCUUGGCAAAUUCAGGUGUGAAAGCUGCCUGAGCUCUGCACAUGGUAGCAGGCUACACAUAGGCUGUUAAGAACUGUUGGGCUUGUUUUUGCAGUCAACCUUUGGAUAGCCCUCUCUGACUUAAAAUGCUGUGUUUCUUUUGAUCAUUUUGGAGGAUAAGGUGGCUGUGUUGCCAGACUUGCAUUAUCAUUUUAUUCUUGGUUAUUUCUCUAGUGAUUCCUGGGUUUGUUUGUUUGCUUUAUUCAAGGUCAUAACACUAAUUUGCACUCCCGGUGAGGAUGGAAGUUGAAAAUGUCAUGAAAACCCAAACUAAAAUCUUUUUCUGAAAAAGAACUCCAAAAAACCAAACUCUGAAGUCUUUGUCACUAACACUUACUACUGUAUUUGAUCGCCCAGAAGACACAAUGAGCGUUAAAGCUUUCAAGCUCGUUUCUGCUGUUGAGCGGGAGAUGUUAAUGGGAGACAAAAAUUACAUCAACAUAGAGUGCAUUGAGUGUUGUGGGAAGAACCUCUAUAUUGGAACCAAUGACUGCUUUAUCUAUCACUUUCUCUUGGAUGAAAAGGUAUCAACAGCUGGAAAAAUAACUUUUGCUGCCACCAAGCAACUACACAAAUACCUGGGUUUGAAGAAGCCUGUGAGCGAGUUGAAAGCAGCCUCUGCCCUCACCAGACUGCUUGUGCUUUGUGACAACACGAUAACACUAGUGAACAUGAUCAACUUGGAACCUGUCCCCACUGGUGCUAGGAUCAAAGGAGCUGUGACAUUCACACUGAAUGAAAACCCUGUGAGUGGGGAUCCUUUCUGCGUUGAAGUUUGCAUUAUCUCAGUCAAGCGUCGGACCAUUCAAAUGUUCAUGGUGUUUGAAGACAGAGUCCAGAUAGUGAAGGAAGUGUUUACUCCAGAACAACCCUGUGCUGUGGCUGUAGAUGGUUACUACUUAUGCCUUGCCCUUACUACACAGUAUAUAAUUUUGAAUUAUAAUACUGGCGUCUCCCAGGACCUAUUUCCUUAUUGCAGUGAUGAGAAACGGCCAAUUGUGAAAAGAAUAGGCAGACAAGAGUUUCUGUUGGCUGGCCCUGGAGGCCUAGGCAUGUUUGCUACUGUAGAUGGGAUUUCACAGCGGGCCCCAGUGCACUGGUCAGAGAAUGUGAUUGGGGCAGCUUUGUGCUUUCCUUACGUGGUUGCUCUGGAUGAUGAGUUCAUUACGGUGCACAGCAUGCUGGACCAGCAGCAAAAGCAAACCCUGCCUUUUAAAGAAGGUCACAUUCUACAGGACUUUGAAGGAAAGGUGAUUGUUGCUACUAACAAGGGUGUGUAUAUCUUGGUGCCACUACCUUUGGAAAAACAGAUUCAGGAUCUUCUAGCUAGCCACAGAGUGGAAGAAGCCCUUGUUCUAGCAAAAGGAGCUCGAAGAAAUAUUCCAAAAGAGAAAUUUCAGGUAAUGUACAAACGAAUCCUGCAGCAAGCAGGUUUUAUACAGUUUGCACAGCUUCAGUUCCUUGAAGCAAAAGAGCUCUUCAGAAGCGGCCAGCUUGAUGUCCGGGAGCUGAUCUCUCUGUACCCCUUCCUGUUGCCUACUUCCUCUUCAUUUAUCCGGUCUCAUCCCCCUCUGCACGAGUACGCGGACCUGAACCAGCUGACCCAAGGGGACCAGGAGAAAAUGACAAAAUGCAAACGAUUCCUCAUGAGUUACUUGAAUGAAGUCCGUAGCACUGAGGUUGCAAAUGGCUACAAGGAGGAUAUCGACACAGCUUUACUCAAACUGUAUGCAGAGGCUAAUCAUGAAAGCCUGCUGGAUCUGCUAGUUUCAGAGAACUUCUGUCUUUUAACAGAUAGUGCUGCCUGGCUGGAAAAACACAAAAAGUAUUUUGCACUUGGUCUCCUGUAUCACUACAAUGGUCAAGAUGCUGCAGCACUUCAGUUAUGGGUGAAAAUAGUUGAUGGAGACAUUCAAGAUUCUACACGCUCAGAUCUCUACGAGUACAUAGUUGACUUCCUUACGUUCUGCUCAGACCAAGACCUAGUGUGGAAGUACUCUGAAUGGAUUUUACAAAAAAAUGAAGAGGUUGGUGUACAGAUUUUCACUAAAAGGCCUUUGGAAGAACAGGAGAAAAACAACAUUAAUCCAGAUGAUAUCAUCAGUUGCCUUAACAAAUAUCCUAAAGCACGUGUCAAAUAUCUAGAACAUCUAGUACUGGAAAGAAAAAUACAGAAAGAAAAGUACCAUACUCAUCUAGCUGUCUUGUACUUGGAGGCAAUACUUCAGCUAAAAUCUGUGACCACAGAUAAUUGUACAGAAACAACUGAACUGCUGUUGAAACUGCGCAGUCUGCUUCAGAAAUCCGAUCUUUAUAGAAUUCGCUUUAUUUUAGACAAAAUCCAGGGCACAGACCUUCAUAUGGAAAGUGCAAUUUUAUAUGGGAAACUAGAAGAACAUGAGAAGGCUUUGCAUAUCCUUGUCCAUGAGCUGAAGGACUUCCAUGCUGCUGAAGAAUACUGUAUGUGGAACUCUGAGAACAGAGACAUGCAGUACAGGCGGAGGCUUUUCCAUAUGCUGCUGUCAGUGUAUUUAACUGCAGGCACUUCGGAUUGUGCGCUUGUCAUGGCUGCUGUGGAUCUCUUGAAUAACCAUGCUACGGAAUUUGAUGCAGGUCUAGUUUUGCAGGUGGUGCCUGACAGCUGGUCAGUGCAGCUCCUUUCCCCAUUCCUGGCUGGAGCAGUGAGACAAAGCAUUCACACAAAAAGAAUGACUCAGGUGGCACUUGGGUUAGCACAAGCUGAAAACUUAAUCUACAAGCAUGAGAAGGUUAAACAAAAAGGAGCCCCGAUUCUUCUUUCAGACAAAAAGGUGUGUCAGGUGUGCCAAAAUCCUUUCUGCGAGCCUGUCUUUGUGAGAUACCCAAAUGGGAGUAUGGCCCACACGCACUGUGCUGCAAACAGACAUCUCAAUUCCAAUGUGACUCAUCACUCUCCCAGCUCCAGCAAUCAGACUUGAAAUAUUCCCACAGUUCCCAUGACUUAUACCCCCAUUGAAAGUGGGCUGGAAAGAAAAAAGUGCAGCUACUUUAAGUGUAAAUCAAGAUGGACAGCUAGUUUUUGGGUUAAUGGGAAGAUUUCCAGUAAAUAUGAAAUACUGCUACUUAUCUUUUUGAUUUCUAAUGAAUGUAGAUAGAAAAUUCACUACCAGACAUGGAGAGGUGCAAAUAUGGGCUCUUCUGUGAAUAGAAGUAAACACCUAAGAGAAAAGGAGCCUUUUCUUCACAGUGAGGAUGAAUGUUACAGAUUGAAGGCAAACAGUUAUUUUAGGAAUUGUCACUUUGCACUGACUGUGGUGUUGAUAAAUUUGUGGAGGGGAAGAUGGCAUCUGUUGGAGUUGGAAGUCUUGAAGAGUGAUGGGACAAGAUUGGCAUCGUGCAGCUUACUAUGAAGACAGAGAUGUGCAUCGAUUAUAGUGCUUGCUGCAGCAUGUCUUCUUUUGGGCUGGAUUAUCUUCCCCAGGAUCACAUGAUCAACUUCAGUUUCUUUACUCUACAAAAUGUUGGCUUUUUGAUGCACUUUUUAGUACCUCCCUCCCUUCCACCUGCUAUAUGGAAUUUAAAUGUAAGCACUGCUCUGUUAGGUUUCUGCUCCUGCAGUUACUGUAAUGUACUGAGUGGAAACCAAUAGCCUCAAUUACACAGGUGAGCUUGGAAGAAAAAAAGAAGCAUUGUCUGGUUAGACUGUAGUCACUUUUAUAUGGGGGAAGAGGCCCUGGCUUUAAUAUUGAUUUAUUUAUUAAUAUGCAAAUAUGCUGUACAUACAGUUGAAUAAAUUGAUCUAAUCAUUCUAGCAUUUAUUUGGAGGAUUAAGAUGUAGCUGAUACAUAAGUGUACAGAUUGUGUGCUAAGUGUUUGCUAUAACAUAACUUAGGCAGGUUGGAACUCCACAAAAAUAGGUUUUAGUGCUUAUGGAUGACUUGGUGCAAUCAAAACCACAGAGAGAAAGCAUAAAAUUGUAAGAAAUCUACAAAAAUGCACUACAGGAGUACUGGGUUUUUUAUAUUCUACUAAAUAUUUGGUAAACUAAAAUUUUUCAAAUAAAUAACACAAACCCCUUACUUAACUGGCCUCAUAUGUAUUCACAUUGCCAUUUAACCAUUUUAAAGCAGUUGAUUUAAAAGAUGCAGUUUUUCCCAAGAGAAGUUAAAAAAAUGACAACUUUAAAUAAAAGUUAAGUACUGCAACUUGAAA